CCUGCCUCUAUGUGCUCUAUGGCGCAAAUCCUAACCUCAAAUCACCUUCAAUCUUCAAUCCAAUCCAUAAAAUAAAAACUUGCCAGAUAAGUUUUUCAGUUGAGUGGUCUCGUGAUACAAACGCUAUCAAGGUUAAUUGAAAUGGUAAAAUUUUCGAGACCUUUUUACUAAAAAUAAAAUGUUCGAGCAUUCUAUUAAAGUACCAAGGCACUAUAAAAUUGCAGCUAAUAUUUUAAAAAAAGUUUCCACAGAAGGCGGCAGCGUUAAAACUUUAUUGUACGAUAAUAAACUUCGUCAUUUCAGAACUAACGUGCUAUUCGCACUUAUAACCGAAACUAUAAAACAUGCUGCACAUAUUGACAAAAUCUUUGAUAGUUGUAGUCUUCUUAAAAAUGAAUCACGAUUAGAUCCUUGGCUAGCAAAAAUUUUAACAGCGGAAUUGUUGUUUGGUAAAAAAACUUUACCAGGGAAAAGUAAACCAGAAAAAACAAUAUUAUCAUACAAAGAGCAAUUUGAAAAGUAUACAGAUGACCAUGAAGAUGAUUUGAAGUCUAAAGUUGUUCGCAGACCGAGAUAUGUACGUGUUAACACGAAUCUUUUGACUACAUCUGAUGCGAUACGAGCCUUCCAGGAUGAAGAGUAUUACUUCAUAAGAUGCACGGCCGGCUCCUAUGAUGACUUUCUCAAACAAAUACAAAGCCUUACCGAGUAUGACUUCACACAGGAUUACCAUGUGAAGACUGUGUUUGUUUUUUCCCCUGGUACCAAAUUUCAUGAACAUGAGUUGUAUUUGGAGAAUAAGAUUAUAUUGCAAGAUAAGGCAACAGCUAUGGCAGUCCAUCUCUUGUCUGCACCUUCUGGUAGCGUGGCAUUGGACAUGUGUGCCGCACCUGGUAUGAAGACAACGCAAUUAGCUGCAUUUAUGAGAAAUGAGGGAAAGAUUUAUGCCGUGGAAAGGAAUGAACAACGUUAUAAGACGUUGUGUGAAUUCGUAGAAAAAACCGGAUCAAAGUGUGUUGAAACAUUACACAAAGAUGCCUUGGAGAUAAAACGAGGCGACUACGAUGACGUGGAAUACAUACUUUUAGAUCCUAGUUGUUCUGGUUCAGGGAUGGAAUUUUGCGUUCACAACUAUAUCGAAGAUACGAGAUUAGCAAAACUAACAUCAUUGCAAGAAAAGUUUUUAAAACAUGCAAUGAAUUCAUUUCCUAAAGCAAAGAGGAUAGUUUACAGCACCUGUUCAUUGUAUCCAGAAGAGAACGAAAGAGUAAUCACGAAUGUUGUAAAAACAUCAAGAGCCAAAUGGAGAGUUCAAGAUGUUAAAGAACUAUUGAAAGGACACUGGAAUAAUUUCGGUUCAGGAAUGUACGGUAGUAUUGGUACAAGAUGUUUAUACGCAAAACCAGAAUCAGAUUUGACUACUGGAUUCUUUUUAGCUGUAUUAGAUAGGGAUCCGAAAGAUUUAGAAAAGAAAGAAUGCCAUGAAAACAAUUCAGAUAAAGAAAGUAGAAAAGAAAAGAAAAGUAAAAUUAACCAGAACAAUGAUAAUGAUAACAGUGCUAAGGAUAAGCAUAAUAAAGCAGAGCAUUUGGAAGAUAAGGAAAUUGCUGAGUUCAGAAGCGAGGAUGAAAAUAAUAGAAUUAAAAAAAAGAAAAUGAAAAAAUCUAAACACGACAAUGACUGUUUAGAUACUAGAAAUGAUGAAAAGGAUAUAAGCGACGUUUCUGAAGACGUGAAGAAUAAAUCUAAAAAGAAGUCUAAGAAAAAAUCGGAGCCUGAAAAACAUGAAAUGAAAGUCGAAGAAGUAGAAAACUCGUUUGAUGAUACAAAAGAAUCGAGUAAGGAAAAAAAGAAAAAGAAGAAAAAAGACAAAAGUAAGGAUAUAAAUAAUACAGAAAAUAACGACUCCAGCGAACUGCCUGAAAAUAUCAAUGAUGAAGGAGAAAUUCAAAAGAAAAAAAGGAAACGCGAUUCGGAUACAACAAUCCAUGAAUCAAAUAAUGAUUGUUUAAUGGAUAAAUCAAAGAAGAAAAAAAAGAAAGAUAAAUACUUAAUGGUCGAAAAUGAUGAUAAUAAUGAACUGAAAGAGCCGAAAAAGAAAAAAAAGAAAAAGAUUUAUAGUAGUUAAUGAGAACAUUAUGAUGAACUUACAAUAAAUGACAAAUUAAAAUUGUUAUUUUAUUGUCAUUUUUUACAGAAAAGUGACAAAAAGUUUAAUUCCG